AGACAGGAAAGGUGAAGAAAAAAAUCAGAGACGAAAUGAAUCAGCGAACAAAACUUCAGGCCAAAGUUAAAUUGGAUGCUGCAGAUCUAGCUCAGUUUAAAGAAAGCACCAAUAAGAAGAAAGAAAGAGCCUCAAAUAAGGUUGCACAAGUUGAGAAAGCUGUUGAAAAUAUUGAAACAAAAUUUAAAGAACUGGAAGCUAUAUACCAAAACCACUAUGAAAUAUUUUUAAUGUUAAACAAGAAACUAAAUGAACUCAAAGAGAGCCAGCAAUCAAUAUCUGAAAAUCUGGAGAAUGAAAAAAAAGAUUUGCAAAAUGAGUUGACUAAUGAUCAGAAAGAGUAUUUGGACAGCUUCAAUCUGCUUAACUACACCCUCAGGCAAAUUGAGACACUACAGAAAAAUAUUCUUCAAAAGCAAGUCUUAAGAACUGCAUUAUUAAAAGAUAUUGAAAAAUACAAAAAAAGUAUUGAAGAUUUAGAGCCAGUUCGAGAUCUGGUAGAGUUCAAGCACAACAAUGCGACAAACCUCAUCACCAAUCUUAAGUCUGAACUUGCAAUAGCUAAAAAAAGGUGGGCACUUAUGGAGGAAAAGGACUGGAAGUUGCUUCAGGAAAGAAGAGAGGAACGAAAAGAAGUAAGAACCAAGCUUGCUUCAGCACUCAUGGAAAAUGAUAACCGAACUGCAGAGUAUAAACAACUGCAAGGAACUUAUCUGGACACGAAAAGUAAACUUGCAGAUAUCUACUAUGACAGACUGAAGACUGAAGAUCGUAUCAAAGAUUAUCUACAGCUCUCUGCACUACAAACCAGGAUGCAUAAAGCGCUAGUGGACUACUCCAGACAACGGGGCCUUUAUAGCCAAGCAGAGCUGGCAACGUUCCAGGCUGUCUCUCGUGAGAAUGCUCAGAAAAUAAUAGCUGUGCAGGGGGAGAUGUCAAAAUCCAUUCAGCGUAUGUCUGCUUUCCUACAAUCUUUGGCAGAUGCUUGUGAAACAAAGGAAGAUACUGAAAACAAACAGUGUAACCAAGGUGGUAUAAUCAAAGACAAGAAAAGUCAUGCAGUUCAAGUAACGGUGUAAUUGGACAUUCACCUGUUUGCCAUUUCACACUUCUAUGGACUGCAACUCAGUCACCUCCCAUCAUGCUUUGUCUUCUUUUACUUACAGCAAAUCCAUAACAAUGAAACAGGUGACUUUCAUGCUGCUGUCAGGAACGAUCUAAUUUCAGCUUUGGGUGACUGAUUGCAAUUGGCUUUGCCUCAUCUGAUAAUUAAUCUAUGUCAUGAUUAAUUGGAAGAGAGAAUAAUUACUGGCGAUGUUGACAGUGACUGUACGCUUCUCCAGAUUUCUGUCUAUUGCUCAGGCCUAACUAAUAACUUUACAGUUCAUCACUGAAACUUUAUACAUGUAGUAACAAUCUGUAUAGAUGUAUAAUGGUGUUACACAUUCUACCUGGUGGCUCUUUGUUAGCACUUGUCAAUAGUUUUGAGUGCCAAAAGCAGUCUGCAUAUUACCAUUCUUCGUAUUUUAUCUUAAUUUUGUGGAAGUUUAAAGUUUUCAAUGAGCUGGAGAUGAAUGAUUAAUGAAUAAAUUCAAAUGCUUCAUUUUGUCCAUGGAUCAUUAGUCAAGUCCUUUGUGUUAAAGACCUGCGAAAGGAGUAGAAAUUAUUGAGACAUUAGCCUGAAGCAAUCUCGAGGUAAAUAUUAUGCAAAAAGAAAAAAUGUUUAGUGCACAUCGUAUAGUGAUCACUGACCCUAUGAGAACAUUUUCACCAGGGUCUGCCUCAUUUUACCUGCCAACAUAGGGCGUUAUUUGCUAAUCAGAAUCUGGUGAUUAUUUCAAUAGCAGUAAAGUCGAUAGUCUGAAGAACACUCCAAACAAAGCCUGUUCUAUUGUAUGAAGACAGGCGGUACAUUUGUAAAACAAGUAGGUAUUACAUUGAACGCAAUAAAGAUUAAUUUUAUUAGUUUAUGUACUUGAUGUAUUCAUGUAAUAUCUGUGAAUUAUUUUAAUGUAACUGUUAACAAAUUUGCAGGUUAAUAACAGUGUUUCGGGCAUUGCAAGGGAUUUUUGACCAAGCACAUUGACUUGUAUAAAUGGA